CCCCUGGUCAUUCCGUAUCUCAUCACCUGCAUCGCUGCCGGUGCAACAACAGCCCCGCCACUCACCACAACAUCCGCCAGUCUUCACUGCUGCCAUCUCCCGUAACAGGAAAACCCAAUGAAGAUGCGAAAGUACACAGUGACACAGCUGGGAGGGACCGUAAGUCCAACCAAAAAAACUGGAAUUUUCCCUGUAAGCUUCACCCCACCUAAAGAAAAGCAGGAGACGUAUACACCACUAAAAUAUUACCAGCUGUUUAGGUACUCAACAUGCUUUGAAAAGUUCCUGAUAUUGCUUGGUGUGAUGUUUGGAGUCCUCUCAGGUGUAUGUAUGCCUGGUUUCAUUGUACUUUAUGGAGAAUUCACAGCUGUCCUUGUUGAAUGGUCAAUGUCAAAUUCAACAAUAACACGUACAUCUUUGCUGAACUGGUUUGGUGGCGGUGAAACAAUCAUUAAUGGAACAAAGAAAGAGGUAGAUAAUGCAUUACUUCAAGAUGCCGGUGCUUUUGGAGUUGGAUUAUCAUCCAUAUCUGCAAUUCAGUUCAUUUUAGAUGUGCUGUGUGUUACUUGUCUCAACAGUGCAGCACAGAAACAGAUCACAAGAGUGAGAUGCCUCUUCCUGAGGUCAAUUAUGCGGCAAGACAUGGCAUGGUUUGACACAACAAACUCAGCUAAUUUUGCUAGCCGUAUUACUGGGGAUUUGGACAAACUCCAAGAUGGAAUUGGUGAGAAACUCGGAAUUUUUAUUUACCAGAUGGUGAGCUUCACUGCUGCUGUGGUAAUAUCAUUCCUUCAUGGUUGGAAACUGACUUUGGUGGUUUUCACUUGUGCACCAAUAAUCAUUAUUUCAACAGCUCUUGUUUCAAAGGUACAAAGUUCCCUGACAGCCCAGGAGCAGAAUUCAUAUGGAAGUGCUGGAGCUGUUGUUGAGGAGGUUCUUAGUGCCAUUCGCACAGUUGUUGCUUUUUCUGGACAACAGAAAGAAGUGGAAAGAUACAAAGAAAAAUUAGUUGUGGCAGAGGCAAUGGGAAUCAAAAGGGGAAAAUUCUCUGGUAUUGGUACAGCCAUGAUGUGGUUCAUUACAUACUGCAGCUAUGCACUUGCAUUCUGGUAUGGAGUAGUACUCAUAAUAGAUUCAAGAGUUGUGGGAGACUUUGAGUACACUCCAGCUGUUCUUGUAAUAGUUCUUUUUGGUAUGCUUGGUGGAGCAUUCAAUAUGGGAAUGGCACUUCCUCAUCUAGAAGCAUUUGGUGUGGCAUGUGGUUCUGCAGCUGCGGUAUUUUCAGUAAUAGAAAGAGAGCCUCAGAUUGACAGUCUCAGUGAGUCAGGGAAAAGACCAGAUCAAGUUGUGGGAGACAUACAGCUGACAGACGUUUAUUUUCAUUAUCCUUCAAGGCCUGAUGUUAAGAUACUUCAAGGACUAAAUCUGAAAAUUAAACAUGGAGAAACAGUUGCAUUAGUUGGGAGUUCAGGCUGUGGAAAGUCAACAGUUAUUCAACUAAUUCAACGAUUAUAUGACCCCAUUAAAGGCAAUGUGCUUCUUGAUGGAACCGAUGUCAAGGAGCUAAAUGUCAAUUGGCUGAGGAAUCAAAUUGGAGUAGUUGGUCAAGAACCAGUUCUUUUUGCCACUACUAUUGCACAGAACAUUAGAUAUGGCAAAGAAAAUGCAACCCAAGAAGAAAUUGAAAAAGCUGCCAAAGAAGCAAAUGCACAUGAUUUCAUCAUCAAAUUACCACAGGGUUAUGAUACGAUGGUAGGUGAUCGUGGAACUCAGCUUUCUGGAGGCCAGAAACAACGAAUUGCAAUAGCACGAGCCCUGGUGCGGAACCCUCGAGUGUUACUCCUUGAUGAAGCAACAUCAGCCCUUGAUUUAGCAAGUGAAGCAAAAGUGCAAGAAGCACUGGAUCAUGCUAGCCACGGACGUACCACAAUUGUAGUGGCUCACCGGUUAUCCACAGUGCGUGGAGCUGACAGAAUAAUUUGUUUGGAAUCAGGCCGUGUUGUUGAACAGGGAACACACACAGAGCUCAUGGAACAAAAUGGACAUUAUUUUGAACUUGUACAUGCUUCAACAAAAGCUGCAAAUACAGACUCUGUUGGAUGCACACCAGAUGAAAUAGUGCCACAGGAAACAGAACACUUAUCAAACUUUUCACGGCAACUGUCAAGGCAAUUCUCAAGGCAGUCUUCAAGAGCGAGUAGUAUUGGCAAGCAAUAUGAUGUUUCAGCAUUUCAGAAAGAGGAAGAGGAAAAUGUUGACAACAGUACAGUGUAUGAUGCACCCAUCAGUCGCAUUCUUGCUCUUAAUAAACCUGAAUGGGGUUAUGUCACUGUUGGGUCCAUUGCAUCAGCACUUGUGGGAGCAAGUUUUCCACUUUUUGCAGUACUUUUUGGUGAGGUUUAUGCGGUGUUGUCUCUUGAAGAUUCUGAAUACGUAAAGGCACAGACAAAUAUUUAUGCUCUCUAUUUUCUUGGUGUUGGUGUUAUUGCUGGUAUUGGCAGUUUCUUGCAGAACUACAUGUUUGGAAUUGCUGGAGUGAGACUUACAAGCCGCCUUCGUAUCAACACUUUUCAUUCCAUGCUUAAUCAAGAAAUUGCUUGGUAUGAUGAUGAGAAGAACAGAGUGGGAAUAUUGUCAGCAAGAUUAUCUGGUGAUGCUUCUAGUGUUCAAGGGGCAACAGGACCACGGAUUGGCAGUAUGGUGCAGGCAUUCUCCACUUUAUUCCUUGGAGCAGUGAUUGCAUGUGCAUACACAUGGAAACUUGCCCUAGUAGCACUGGCAGCAGUUCCAUUUGUAUUCGGAUCAACAUUUAUGGAAGCUAAAGUUGUACAAGCGAGUGGCUUAGAUGAGAAGAAGCAACUUGAGGGCGCAACGAAGGUAGCAGUAGAAGCCAUUUCAAAUAUACGCACCGUGGCCAGCUUGGGUCAAGAACAAUCAUUCAUUGAUCACUACAACCUGUCUCUGCACUUGGCUGCUAAAGCAAUGAUGAAAAGAAUGCGACUAAGAGGAGUAGUCUUUGCAACAGGCCAGACAGCACCAUUCUUUGGUUAUGCUCUUGCAUUGUAUUAUGGAGGAUAUCUUGCUGUUACUGAGGGACUUCACUAUAAAAAUAUAGUAAUGGUAGCAGAAGCUUUGAUUUUUUCGACAUGGAUGCUGGGACAAUCAAUGGCAUUUGCCCCAAACUUUGGCGCUGCAAAACUAGCUGCAGGUCGUCUCUUUCAGCUACUCGACAGGAAACCACAAAUUGAAUCUGGCCCAGAUACUGGCGAGGGCCUCAUUUCAACUGAUGCAGGUGCAAGAGUUGGAUAUUCAAAAGUGCACUUUCAUUACCCAACAAGACCAGAAGUAAAAGUGUUAAGGGGACUGAAUCUACUCAUACAACCCGGAAAAACAGUAGCACUUCUGGGGCCAAGUGGAUGUGGAAAAUCAACUUGCAUCCAAUUGUUGCAGAGGCUCUACGAUCCUAUGUUUGGAAAGAUUGCUCUGGAUGGACAUGACAUAAAUUCUCUGUCCUUGAAUACUCUUCGUGGUCAGCUUGGAAUUGUAUCACAGGAGCCUACCCUGUUUGAUCGAACAAUUGCAGAGAACAUUGCAUAUGGUGACAACAGCAGAAUUGUGCCAAAAGAUGAAAUAAUAGCUGCUGCAAAGGCUGCAAAUAUUCACAAUUUUAUUUCAGCCCUUCCAUUGGGUUACGAGACUGGCCUUGGUGCAAAGGGUGCGCAGCUUUCAGGUGGUCAAAAGCAGAGAAUUGCUAUAGCAAGAGCCUUGGUCCGGAAUCCAAGAGUAUUGUUGCUUGAUGAGGCUACAUCAGCUCUGGACAACCAGAGUGAGAAGGUAGUACAACAGGCCUUGGACCAGGCAUCAGAAGGUCGGACUUGUAUUACCAUAGCACAUAGGCUAGCAACAGUGCAGAAUGCAGACACCAUUUGUGUGCUAAACAAUGGAACUAUUGCUGAAAUGGGAACACAUGAGCAGUUACUUGCCAAGAAAGGACUUUACUUCCAAAUGCACCAGCAGUCUGCCGGAGAACCUGUGUGACACAUUAAAAAAGAUGUCCAGUUCUGUCAUGGCAGAACCAUAAUGUGUUCUCUUGUCGUCGUGAGAGACAAAUGGCUGGCAUUUCAUUUUCAGCACUUUGGGAUUUGGCUGUGCAACUGUGGCAGUUAGAUACAAGUAUUUGCAAUUGAUGCGACCUAUAAACACAUCAUCAGACACUAUCUGAAUCCCAGAUGGUGUCAUACAAUAUCAAAACUCAUAGUUGUACUCCUGUGGCCAUUGAGUAAACUUCUGUGAGUCAUGUAACUGCACUGUAAUUGUUGUUCUUAAGCUGUGAUACAUGUAAGAUGUUAUUGUUUCUAGGUCAGUAACAUUGCACUUUUAAAAAGUCUGAAGGAACAAUAACAGCAGAGAUGAGCAACCAGAAGUCACUUUCUAUAAUAUGAACUCUUCAGCUUGUUUUUCUUACGCAGAGGAAUUGUAAUAUUGUCUGUACCACAUCAGUAUUUUUGUGAAAAUUAGAGGGUAAUAAUUUAUGUACAAAUUUUUGCAGCACACAAUUAAAAAUGUGUGUUGAUUUGUUGGCUAUUUUUAUAUUUGUUAGUAUGGUUUCAUUCCAUUGUCAUUAGAAAGUGAAAAUCAGUGAAACUCACAUGGAGGAAGGUGCAAGUAGAGUUCAGCAAUGGUAUUAAUUCAUAUCUACUGCAUUUGUAAGCUGUACACUGGUCGUUUUUGCGAAAUGCAUCAUCAUCAUAUUCAUGUGUUUGCAGAAUUAUUUCACCCAUUAAGUGAGGUAUGUUCUUGCUUGUUUAAUUUUCACUGAGACAUUUACUUAAGCAACAUGCUCCAUAAUUGAUAUGGCAAUAAUAAUGUAAAAGUGAUAUUAAACUUCUGAGCCUAUAAGGCUUAAAUCCAGUGUAAAAAUAACAGUGAUUAAAAUCACAUAAAUUAUUAAAGUGUAAAAGGAUACAAAAUAAUUUUGUCCUUUUUAAGUAAAGAAAUGAUGUUUUAUAAUUAAGCUUUUCAAUUAGUCCGUAUCGGAUUGAAAUUAUUAUUGGAUGUACAGGCAUAUAAUUAUAACAUGUUUCUUCUUACAUGACCUCAGUUUUAUAUUUGUUGUUGUUUUGGUUCAAGAGAGUGAAGUAUAAACUCUGAAAGCCCAACCAACUGAGAACGUACAUUUUUGCGUUAUGUAUGGAAUGGGAUCAAAGGAUACAGUGAAUGAGGAUACAAAUGUUCAAGUUUUUAUACAAUAACUUUACACCAAAAUGUGCAAUAUGUUGCUAGAAAAUGGAAGAGAUACAAGUAUCAUCUGAACUUCUAGUUAGUUGGACAUGUCAAUUAUUACUGCAAAGGGAUAAAAAUCAAACAAAGGAUUAAAACAUUUGCGUAUAUCUGAGUAUGGCAGUGUAAUACCUGUAUAUAUUAAUAUAAAGAUGGAAAAAUGUCAUUCCAUGUACAGUGGAAACAUAUCUUGAGGCAGCAGCAAUAGAGUGAACGUUCCAAGGAAAGAGACUGUUUGCUAUUAUGAUUGUAUAGAUUCCCAAGCAGUGAAAUCAAUUGUUAACUCAAGGGAUUCAAAGUGCUGUUGAAAAAGGCUAUAAAAGAAUCCCCAUAUGAAAUGAUUAAGACUUAAUGAGUAUUGAGUUAUCUAAGUUCCUGAGUGUGCACUUUGACAAUAAUCUGAAGUGACAUAAUAUAUUCCUUAACUUUAUUUAAAAAAAAGGUUCUGUCUCUUAUAAUGUGUGUCUUAUUACUUCUGUUUGUGAUACUGGUAUAGUCAAAGCUGCUCAAAAGAGAGUGAAUUGUUAUGUGCAGGGUACACCCUAGGCAUUCAUACAGAAACUUCUUUUAGAAAACUAAGAAACCUCAAAACAAUAUACAUUCGCUCAUCACGUGGUUUUACAUAUAAGAAUCAAUUCAAGUACAAAUCAAAUAACUCUAUAUACAAACACAAUACAAAGAGAAAGCUUGAUCUACAGUAAACUGAAGAACCUUAGCAGAAAGGAGGGAAUUAUGCCAGCAAAAGAGAAUUCAAUGACCUUCCUCGAAAUAUUAAACUCACUGUAAAUGGAUCUUUAAAAUUUAAACAGCUUCUUGAGCACCAGGGUUUCGUGUCAAUAGUGGCAAAACAUUCUUCCCUUACAUGUGACAUUUAGAGGACAUUAUUAUCUGCUCAUUAUUUACUACUAUUGAUUUCUCAGUGCAUUUUUAUUACCGAAUCAAUAUUAUAAACAUAAACAAGCUAGGAGUACAACUACAGAAAAACUUUUUUUUUUUUUUUGCAUUUCCUCAUUUUCAUUUUUGCAUUACAUUAUUUUCUGUAGGUUCUGUAGUAAGCCCUAUUCUCUCGAUUGUUUUCCUGCCCUUAAAACUUCAUAUGUGUAACAUUUACCACAUUUUGCACUACUGAACCAUUCCCACAAGCUUUAACAUCACUUUUCAAAUUGAUUUAUGUGGAAAGUACAUUGUGUUUCUGCUCAUAUUUAACCUAAAGGACAACGCAUAGCAUAAAACUGAACAGUUUGUUUCAGAAUCUAAAUCAUUUUGGGUUCUAGGAGAACUUUAGGUGGCAUUUCAGAGCACUUUAAAAAUGUUUCUGCAGUGUUUUAUCACCUGUCUGUACAAUAAACUAAGAUAAAUAAUCAAAA